CUAGUUCGGAAGUUUUAGCAGGCCGCAUCGCGACCGCUGUGCGGGUCAUCAUCUCUGGCCGAAUUUACGAUUUUUAGCUCUUACUUUUCCAGCUUUCGUCACGACUUCUCGGCUAGUUUUAUUUUAUACUAAGCCACAACGUUGACGGAGGUUACAUACAUCGGCUGUAGCUCGGACCUUAUCGACAAUUGCUCUUCACGCUCUCACGACAGGGCUUGGUUGUGUUGGAUUGCUGGGUCUCGGGUGCCAAUUACAGCGGCUACUAAAAGUGUUCAAUCGCACAGCAACUGCGUUCCGACCAAACUAAUAGAAGUCCACAUAUCGAGUUCCUAUGCACCUCACGCAAGAUUGCUGGGCAGAAGAUAUUGUUGGACGAAAUAUGGCUACCUUCACGGCCUUAAACGGAGGUGAGCCAAAGGGUGUCGAGAGGCCUAGCAGUAGCCCUACGUCGAUACGAGCAGUCUCCGAGGAACAGUCUCUUCGCCAAAUAACUACCCAGGAACCAAAGGUUGGAGAGAGUUCCGCCAAUCAAAGAGAGCACUGGUCUGGUCCGAGUCCUGAUCGUUCAUCUUACCAACCCACUAUUUAUCCGGAGGCUGAAGGGGCUCACAAGCGUAAGCGAUCGUAUUCGAGCGAGUCUCAUAGAGAAGGUCCGGUUAGUCGUGAGCGGGAACAACCGUCCCAAGCAGAGUCACGUGAUGUAUAUUCUACGACGCAACGAGAACGAGAGUACAGGCAGUAUGGUGAGGAAGGUCGAGACCAUCACGAUUCAUGGUAUCCGCGGCAUAGCCAUGCAGACGACCGCAGUACGUACGACCGACAAGGCUCUGCGAGUGUAGUUCCAUCACCGAGUGACGAGCAGGUUGGCGAUGUGCUUCGAAGAGCUACCACCCAUAUGGAUUCCCAACACGAUUACUCGGCGACAAGUCCUGACGGCGAUGAUAGCUCUGUGCUUUAUGGUAGUACUUCUUACACCUCGGAGCAGCGGAAAGGAGACUCGGUAAUCCAGUCAGACCCCAAGAAGAGGAAGCGCAACUUUAGUAACAGGACCAAGACUGGUUGCCUAACGUGUCGGAAGAGAAAGAAGAAAUGUGAUGAGACGAAACCGCAAUGUACUAAUUGCGUUCGAGGUGGAUUUUUAUGCCACGGAUAUCCCAAUCAACGAGGUUAUCCGAAGAUGGAGAAUAAGCCCGCCGCCGUCCCUCUCGAAUCUAAGGAUCCUAGCUAUGUCCCUCCCGGAGCCUACGGAAUGCCGCAACAGAGUAGUUAUCCGAUUGCACCGCCGCCGCCUCCCAAACGUGACCAACCUACCCAGGCUUAUCGUGGCCCCUCGCUCCGGAUAGAACCGGUGCAGGGCCGGCCAAUUGUGCCAGACGACGGCCGACAAGCGACCUCCGCCACCCUUCCCACCCCGACCCCAUCCGCUUCGAGCCCAGAGAACAAUAAAUUAUCAUCAAUAUCAUAUACUAACUCGACAAACAUGUUUCCUACUCCAAUUAGUGCCAACUCUACCAUACAAUUGCCAACGCCGUUAAGCAGUGUCGAUCGCCAUAAAGAUUACCAGAGAGUACCGCCGUUGCACGACAUCACAAGGACCGAACAUGAGACACCGCAUCCGAACUCGCUUCCUCAGAUUAAUGUUCUCCCACCAACUCGAAGCAGCAGUCCGCCACCCCAGUCUGCGCUGCCACCUCCUCCCCCACCUCCGCCAUCUGCAACUACAGCAACUAAUCCUCAGGAAACUGCACAACUCGCGCUGUCACAUUCUCAUUACCCUCCUAGCAGGGAGCGAACACAGAAAGAGGAGAUGCUUUCGGGGAAUUUGUACUACCCCUUUGACGAGGAGUUGGUACUCGAAAGGCAGAGAUGUAGUGCAGCAUGCUUCAGGUUCAACAACUCCACGAAUCCCAAUGUUGGUGUAUCAGCAUCCGAACGAUCGCGCCUCUUCCGAGAAGUUUUGAACCCGACGGAACCAAUCUUUAUGGAUCGAAACUCGACAGCCAUUACUCGUGUUGGAAGAGUUGGGCAAGAAGUAGUUGUUGAGGCACCAUUCACCUGCGACUAUGGAUACAACAUUGUGAUUGGAAACAACGUGUUCAUCGGUCGGAAUUGUACCAUUAUCGAUCCCAUGGAGGUCAUUAUUGGUGAAAACAGUUACAUCGGUCCGAACGUCAGUCUCUUUGGUGCUACGUUACAGACGGACCCCAAAAGGCGUAAGGGCAGCAAGAGUGCACAUAUCGGUGCCGCGAUCUGCAUCGACGAGGACGUAUGGAUUGGGGGCGGUGCCAUAGUUCUCUACGGAGUCAGGAUUGGAAGAGGAGCAACAGUUGCCGCUGGAGCUGUGGUAACUAAGGAUGUACCACCAUUCACCGUCGUAGCUGGAAACCCUGCUCGAGUAACGCGCGGCGCUAUUAGCUGACAGGGCAAAAGUUGGAUUUGUUUCAUAUUUUUGCUAUUUUGCGAAUUGGCCAUGAUACCCAAAUUCGAUGUUGCUGUUGUUUAACAUAAUACAUAGCCCCGCCUCUUGCCUUGCGUGUACUUUCCCCGCGCGCACAAGAGUCAGACAUUCUGUCUAUGACUUGCUGCGAGGGUUUCUGUACUAGUUACUGACAAUCUUGGCUCUGGUUAUCGAAUCCCUCUUCUUGACAUCCCUCUCGGGGAAGGAUGAGGGCAACCAAGAAUAGG